UUCUACACUCCUGGCCUCAUACACUUGCUUGUAUAUAUAGUAGGUCUACAUAGUUUGUCUAAUAAUUUCAAGAGAUCAGGUGGCAGUUACCACUAUGGCUGCAGAGGAUUCAUUUGUUACUCCAGGAUCAGUUCCGUUCAGAUGGGAGAUUCGACCUGGUGUUCCUAAGACCCGUCUUCAAGAAAUCUCGCCACCAUCUGAUCAACAACAAGAAGUUGAUCGAUGUUAUGACACUCACAGCCCUUCUUCAUUCCCAAGUACCCCGCAAAAGCUUAAACCCCCACCAGCUGGAUACUACUCAAACCUCAAACGAACUCCGGAGAUCCGUCCUUUCAAAACCCAAUCUGUUUCGCAAGGCUGUUUCCCCACAUCACCGUUGACAAGGCAAAAAAGUAAGAGGGUGGGAAUCAAGAAACUGUCAAAACCUGAGUUUGGAUCUGAUUGUGGAUACUCUUUGGACCUUGAGACACUAGAAAGAUGGUCCGAAUCAAGUUGGAAGUCUCCUGCAUUUUAUGACUCGCCCUCUUUCUCAUCCUACAGGUCCUCUUUCUCAUCAUUACGCUCAUCGCCACGACCUGCAUCAGAUGCUGAGUGGGCAGGCUUCGGUCUCUUUUAAAAGCAGCAUAUAUGUACACCUUUCUGUUAUAAGUAUAUUAUAAAUCGAUUACUCUUGUAAAUUUGACAAGAGCAGCUCAAGUUCAAAGCACUUAAAAAUGUUAGCACUAUCAUGCAUAUACAUACAAUAGAAAGG